UGUGAUUGUUAGCUCGUGCAAAGUGCCUCUGUCCCAGCUGCCAAAAUGAAGUUCCUCCUAACAAUGACAAUCGCGCACCUUGGUGUUAUUUGGGCAUUGCCAUCUCAGUCAUACAGUCAAAGUUAUGUCCCGUGUCCAGAUGGCCUAUACGAUACCCCCAAUUGCUGUUCCAAGGGUCUACUCGGCGACUGGAUAGAUUGUACAACCCCUGUCAUGCGUAUAACAAGUGCCAUAGAUUUUCAGAAUCAAUGUGCUGUGGUCGGGAAAGUCGCCGCCUGUUGUGUUCGGCCCCUAAUUGGCACAUCCGUGAUUUUCUGUACCAAUCCCGUGGGAUUGGGUCCCUUCGGAUACAAGUAGCUAUAUAGCUAAUGAACCUGUUACACGCGCGUACGACCGACAUAUAGUUUUCCUACGACUACAGGCACAAAUCUUACAAAGACCCCCUGUAUGAGACAUAUGAAAACUUGAAGUUGUAUUCUAAACGCUUUUAUUUCAAGCCUUAAUUUCACGGACCGUAUGUUAGAAGUAUUGUGUCGACGGGUACGGUAGAGAAUCGAAACACGAAUAAAAUUAAGCUAUG